AAGCAGACUAUAAACGUUUAUAUGAUCGUGCGAUCGUGAUAUGUAUUGAUUUUGAUAUUCAGGUUAUGUUCUUUGAAGUGCAAGAAAAUUAGGAAUAAAGAAAUGAUCAUACAUUUAAUAAAUAUUAUUGUUGUAUAAAGAUAUAUGAAAGUUGAAACAACGUAAUGAAACUUUCCGAAAUAAUGGCCAGUAAACAAGGAAGAGAUUUAGCACUGUCAAUGUUGCGAACAUUACCUAGACUAGCUUUAAGUAACAUAAGAAAUAAUCCUGGUGCAAACAAACCUACAAAACGUGGUCGAGGUCAACAUGGUGGAGAUAAGCACGGAGCAGGUAAUAAGGGAUCAGGUCAAAGACAGAAUUUUAUGCGAAUUGGAUAUGAAACUGGAAAUACCCCAUUUUAUCUUAGAUUUGGUCGUGAACCAUAUUAUAAAGGACACCAUUUAAAAAGAGAAUAUCCUCCUUUAUCUCUGCAACAAUUACAACUAUAUAUUGAUACAAACAGAGUAGAUUCAUCUAAACCUAUUGAUCUUGUAUCUAUAAUCAACACAGGACUAUAUGAUCUUAAAGUAGAAUGGAAACAUGCAGGUGUUCAUCUUACAGAUGAGGGAGCCGAUAACUUCAAAGCAAAAGUCAAUAUAGAAGUCCAAUGGGCCAGUGAACCAGUAAUUGCAGCAAUUGAAAGAAAUGGUGGUACUAUUACUACUGCAUAUUACGAUAAUCACUGUUUACAUGCAAUAAAGGAUACUGAUAGAUUUUUUACUACUGGAGAACCAAUACCACGCAGACUAUUACCUCCGACAGAUUGUUUAGAAUAUUAUAUGAGUGCAGAAACAAGAGGAUAUUUAGCAAAUCCUGAAGAAAUUUCUCGUGAACGUUUGAUUUUAUCUCAGAAAUAUGGUUACGAGCUACCAAAAAUUGAAGAUGAUCCUAGUUACAAAAUGCUUGUGCAGCGUAAAGAUCCUAGACAAUUAUUUUAUGGUCUUGAACCUGGUUGGGUUGUGAGUCUUAAAGAUAAAGCAAUUCUGAAACCUAAAGCCGAUUAUCUUAAGGAAUUCUAUUCAAGUUGAAUUAUUUCUUUCUAGAACAUAUUUAAUAAAUAAAUAACAUGUAAAAAAGAAACUGUGCGAAACUAAACAAGUUAAUGCUUUUAUUGUAGAAUAAAAGAAUCAAAUUUUAAA